AAGGAUCAAAUCAAAUGUUCCCGUUUCUCGGUCGGCCGUUCAUGUCUUCCCUCUCGCCUCCCGAAAACGCCGGGAUCGCGGCCCUUCCUUCCACCGGAUCUGGCGUCAGGUAAUAGAGAGGAGGAGGAGGAGGGGGAGGAGGAGAAAUGGCGCAUCGAGUGGACAAUGAGUACGAUUACCUGUUUAAGAUUGUUCUGAUAGGGGAUUCUGGCGUGGGGAAAUCCAACAUCCUCUCCAGGUUCACGCGCAACGAGUUCUGCUUGGAAUCCAAGUCCACCAUCGGCGUCGAAUUCGCCACCAGGACUCUUCAGCUAGAGGGGAAGACAAUCAAGGCUCAGAUAUGGGACACGGCUGGGCAGGAAAGGUACCGAGCCAUCACCAGCGCUUACUACAGGGGUGCAGUAGGAGCACUCCUGGUCUAUGACAUAACAAAGAAGCAAACUUUUGAAAAUGUUCAAAGGUGGUUACGCGAGCUGAGGGACCAUGCCGACUCGAACAUUGUGAUCUUGAUGGUUGGGAACAAGGCAGACUUGAGGCAUCUUCGAGCAGUCACAGAAGAGGAAGCCCAGAUGUUAGCUGAGAAAGAAGAGAUUUCUUUCCUGGAGACAUCAGCUUUGGAGGCACUUAACAUAGAUAAGGCAUUUCAGACUAUUUUAAAAAAUAUCUACCAGAUAAUCAGCCGAAAGGCACUUGCUGCUGCAGAGGCAGCAGGAACAGUUCCCAGCCAAGGCAUGACCAUCAAUGUAUCGGAUCCCGGUGGAGGCUUCACAAAGAAAGGUUGCUGUUCAAAUUAGCUAAUUUGCCUUUUGUAUGGGUGAUUUGCCCAGAAACUUGGAUCCGCCCAAGGCACUUGGAUUUUCCUAAGACUAGAAUGAUUGAAAUUAUCAUAUGCUGCAGGAGAUGUACUGAUCUUGUCUUAGGUAAAGCAUCAUAAUCUUUGUUCUUGCUAAUGAUACUUUGGAUGAGCAGAGUUACUUUUUCUUGCAACUGCUGAACAGAUAACCACAUUGGUCAGAGGCAGCUAAACGGCUUGCAGAUGUUCAGGCACAGGCAGGUGUGCUUGAAAUUAUGAAUUAACCCAGCUAGAGUUCCAAAGAGUAGGCAUUAAGAUACUUCUGUAUCACCUUGGAGUUGCCUCAGAUGAGUGCGAAGGGGGCUGGAAUCGAAUAACCAAUCGGCAAUCUGCAUGGCCUCCAUGGCUAGGCUGUGAUCAUGUCGCACUUAUGCUAUAGAUAAUGCAAAAGCAAGAUGAAGAUGAAGCAACGAUCAGCACUGUUGCACUUCAAGAUGAAGUGCCACUGGCUAAUGGUUUCGCAUUGACUGCAGUUAUUUAUCUACCUUAGAGUGUGAAAAUUGCAAAUUGCAGGGAACAAGCACCAAAAGCUAGACAUCUAUCUUAAGAUUUUGGCUUGCAACUGAAGUGCUUGAGGGUUCUCAUGCGGUGGUAGAUUGAGCAUCUUGCUACUAAACAAAGCAGUGCUUCUGUUCCUUCUUGCCAGCAAGGAAGAGACAGUCGAACCCCUGGAGGUUUUCUUCCAUGUUGUCCUGCCAUGGAACCUUGAUCUGUUGCAGUGCUUUUGUGUCGAAUUGAAUCCAUGGUCACCGGAUGCCUUUAACCUCUUUCUGCUGGGAUUCACUUUUUUCACAAGAUCUUCAAUGCAUCUAGCAUCAGAUAGAGAUCUAAACGACUCUGAUUUCCCUUCAAAAUACUUGGACAGCCCUCUUCUGCAGAUUUGACAGUUUCAACCUCAUUAGCUGAUGAAACAUCGAAGAGUUUGCAUUGCAAACUGAUAAUCCAGUACUUACUUGAUUGGGAGGUCGUCCACGAGCGAAGAUAAGUCGAAAGAAGAUUGAUUUGGAUCAAAUUGCGAUGCAUUUGAUGAGAGGGAAGACGACGAGCUCGGAGAUGUGGAGGUUGCAUCAUCUGUAAGAUCCGACAAUGUCGACAAGAUGGAGUCAUCAGAAUUUCCAUAAAAUGAUGAAGAUUCACACCUCUUAUCAUCAUCAUAAUCAUCAUCAAUUCUCUUCAAACAUAGGCCAUUGGUAGCAUCAUCCUUAGCACCUUCACCCAUUUCACAGGCAGGGGAUGGUGAUGCAGGUGCUGCCAUCUUCAUAUGAAUCAACAAAUAGUUGAUGGAGAUCAAGUGGAAACGGAAACAAGUUUUGUUGUUAGUUAUAUUUGUUCUGCUUUUGCGGGCUUUCUCUUAUAUUGUGUUGUUGUGCCAUGGUCCUCGGUCAUUGUCUUUUAGAGGAUUAGAAUCACAUGUCUCCACCUGCUGUUGAUUAGGGAGAGUUUGUGGAUAGGAUGAUGAACAUGGAUAGAAGCGACCUCGAUCAUCCAUAUCUGCCACGUUUUAUUUUAUUCUUUUCUGGUUUCUUU